AUGGAGACUCUAAUUCCCAUCAUCAAUCGGCUCCAGGAAGUCUUCCUUACAGUGGGGGCAGAGAUCAUCCAGCUGCCUCAGAUAGUGGUGGUUGGCUCGCAGAGCAGCGGCAAGAGUUCUGUGUUGGAGAGCCUGGUUGGAAGGGAUUUUCUGCCUCGGGGAUCAGGCAUAGUCACACGGCGACCCCUAGUGUUGCAGCUGGUGAAUGUGCCUCCAUUGGCAGAGAGGAGACUGCAAGAAAAUGGAAAUGGGGUAAAACAAAAUGCAAACAGCUACCCAGGGAUCAAGGCUGAUGAAUGGGGCACGUUCCUUCAUAGCAAGAACCAGAUUUUCACAGAUUUCUUGGAGAUUCGCAAGGAGAUUGAAGAAGAGACUGAGCGUAGCUCAGGAGGCAACAAGGGAAUCAGCCCUGAGCCCAUCUAUUUAAAGAUUUUCUCUCCUCAUGUCCUCAAUCUCACACUGGUUGAUUUGCCAGGAAUAACCAAGGUUCCGGUUGGAGAUCAGCCAGAGGACAUAGAAGCUCAAGUCCAAGAGAUGAUCCUAUCCUUCAUCUCCAACCCCAACUCCCUUAUCCUCUCAGUGUCUCCUGCCAACUCCGACUUGGCCACCUCUGAUGCCCUCAAACUGGCCCGCGAGGUCGACCCGGAUGGCCGCAGAACACUGCUGGUGGUCAGUAAGCUGGACCUGAUGGACGCAGGGACAGAUGCUCUGGAGGUCUUGCUGGGCCGGGUCAUUCCAGUGCGGCUCGGAAUUGUGGGAGUGGUCAACAGGAGCCAGCAUGACAUCAACACGCAGAAGAGCAUAGAGGACACGGCACGGGACGAGCAGGCCUUCCUCCAGCGCCACUACCCGUCUCUGGCCUCCCGCUGCGGCUCCCGCUACCUGGCUCGCACCCUGAGCCGCCUGCUCAUGCACCACAUCAGGGACUGCUUGCCGGAGCUGAAGAGGCGUGUGACUGUGUUGAGUGCCCAGUACCAGGCCCGGCUCAGCAGCUACGGCCAGCCUGUAGAGGACCACAGCUCCACCCUGCUACAGAUCGUCACCAAGUUUGCCAGCGACUAUUGCAACACCAUCGAGGGCACCGCCACGCACAUCCAGACAUCUGAACUCUGCGGGGGGGCUCGGAUCUGCUACAUAUUCCAUGAGACCUUUGGCCGCACUCUUCAGUCUAUUGACCCCCUGGGGGGCUUGACGGAGCUCGACAUCCUCACUGCAAUCCGCAAUGCUACGGGUCCGCGGCCAGCCCUCUUUGUACCUGAGAUUUCCUUUGAGCUGCUGGUGAAGAGGCAGAUCAAGCGUCUGGAGGAGCCCAGUCUGCGCUGUGUGGAGCUGGUCCACGAGGAACUGCAGAGGAUCAUCCAGCAUUGCUCCUCCUACAGCACGCAGGAGCUCCUUCGGUUUCCCAAGCUGCACGACUCCAUUGUGGAGGUGGUGACUAGUUUACUCAGGAAGCGCUUGCCCAUUACUAAUGACAUGGUCCACAACUUGGUUCAAAUUGAGCUUGCUUACAUCAACACAAAGCACCCAGACUUCACUGACGCUGCUCAGGUCUCAGCAUCUGUCAACAGUCAACAGGGCCUGCAGGAUGGAGAUAAAUGCUGGAUGAAUGAGAAGGUGGCUGAGGAGAAGGCACCAGUGACAGGUUUCAGCAGCCCUGUUAAGGGCCAGGCCAUCAACCUCCUGGACACAGCGGUGCCGGUGUCCCGAAAGCUGAGUGCCCGCGAGCAAAGAGACUGUGAGGUCAUUCAACGCCUCAUCAAAUGCUACUUCCUCAUUGUCCGCAAGAGCAUUCAGGACAGUGUUCCCAAGACGGUGAUGCACUUCCUGGUGAACUUUGUGAAGGAGCGUCUGCAGAGUGAGCUGGUGGGCCAGCUGUACAAACAGAACCUGCUGCAGGGGCUGCUCAUCGAGUCCCAAGACACAGCACAACAGAGGACAGAGGUGGCCCAGAUGCUGGAGGCUCUCCAAAAAGCCAGCAACAUCAUCUCAGAGAUCCGGGAGACACACCUGUGGUAGCCCAAUGCAACUGACCGUUCCUGUGUGUGUGUGUGUGUGAUGGUAAUGUAUGGCAAUACCACUGAGCUCACACUGUCCAUUAAACAUCCAGCUGUCCUUUUUGUCUGUCCAGGAUUUGGACUAUUGUCUCACUGGGAAUAUAGUGAUGAGACCAACACACUCAGGCAGAGCUGGUCCAUUGUGAUGAGAUGUCUUUAAUGUGAAAGAGAACCAUGAUCAAAAACAAUUUUGUUUUUGUUGCAACAAUCGUCUGUCUAAAUGUCUGGUCUUUUGGUUGUCAAUGUGUUGUUUAUCAUGUGGAGUAUUACGUUGUUUUCCUGAGUCUUUCUUGCAUCUGAUCAUGACAUGGUUGUGCUGCUGCAUUUGUUUCCAUUGAUUAGGUAUCUAUUUGUGAAAGGGUGAUCUCAAACCAUGACUGCUUGAUAUGCAUGUAGCAGUUUCUGAACAUAUGUAGAGUAAGUAUAAUCAGUCAGUAUCAGGUUUCCCCUUGUUUUAAGCAACGUUCUGUAAAGUUGAACAGAGGGUGACAACCCAACCCGAGGUUGAACAGUGGGCAUUGUCUGCAAUGUAAUGUUGAAAUAUGAUCCUGGUCUUCGGGGAUGAUGCAGAGGUUUGGUUUGACCUGGUCUACAGUGCAACUGAGUACAGUAGUUGUACCCUAGAGCAGACGUAUGUUCUUUACGUGUGUCGCAUUUAUGUAUUGUUCCAGGUGUACGGUUGCACUGUUUGUGCAUAUUUAGUCCUAUAACAAAGUUGUACGUUCACAACAGAAUACAGUGUUCCUUUUCUCCGUAUGAAGGUUCUAGUCAGACUCUUAAUUCGCAUGUUGUUGGAUAACUGAAACCACAUUUAUGAAUAGCACCCACAAAGAGUUGAAUAGGUGUGUGUGUGUGUGUAUGUAUAGAUAUUGUAUAACUUGCUUGUCAGGAGAUGCAGAAUAGUAGGUGGAGUCCAGCAAUGAUUUAAGGGCCAGAGGUAUAGCGAUUCAUUGUAGAAAUCUACUUGGCCAAAGGAAAGUUAAAAUAAUUUUCUAAAUUAACCCAUGUAUGCAGUCUGCCUCAGAGAGAGAGAGGGCUGUCGCUGGGGUGCCACCUCAUCUGAAGACUAUCCCUAGGCCUGCUUCUACCCAGAUGACAGGGAUGUUGGAGGUGUAAGAGACCGACAUUGUUUCUGAUUUGAACUUGUGCAUGCAGCUGUAAUUAUAUCCUCAUUUUGUUGUGCAGAUCCCCAAGGGAAGUAUGCCCUGCAGCCUUUUAUUUGUGAUUUAGUACCAAUUGCGUGACGUUAGUGUAUCUUCCAUUUAGAAUUAGAUUCUAAAGUUUCUCAAAUAAUUUAUAGUGUAAGUGUGCAUCGGUUUUUGUAUGUCAUGGAAAUGUUCACAAAGGAUGAUGAGCAUUAUUCAGAAAGACUAGCCUUAAAGGAACAGGUACCACGCACCAUCUAGCAGAAACACUGACUUCUAUGUGAUCAAGGAGAGCACGGUGUCCAGUCUGUCUUUCUGAAAGGACAGUGUGUGUGUGUGUGUGUGUGUGUGUGUGAGAAUGUCUAAGUUUUUCUAUCUGAAUGAGACUGUGUUUUCUAUUAUUUAAAUGUAUAUCUUACAUCUUUACAAACUGCCUGGAAGUGCUUGACUGCCAAUAUUUGUGAUACAUGUAAAUUGAUAGAAUAAUAUCUGUUCAGAUGGGAGGGACUCAUUAAACUCUUAACAACAACA